UCCUCCCCGAGCCGCAGCUCCACUCACACAGUACCGCCGUCCUGCGGUGCCAUGGUAACAGUUUAGAACGUGAUGACGUCUCUUCGGAAAGACUAUUAUGGGCUAUCGAGGAUUAUUCAGGCAGAGGGCUGAGAGGAAAAAAAAUAGCUGCGAGGUAGAAGUAAACAUGGAGCUCUCAGCCGUCGGGGAGCGGGUCUUCGCCGCCGAAUCCAUCAUUAAACGGCGCAUAAGGAGAGGACGGAUGGAGUAUCUGGUCAAAUGGAAAGGCUGGUCUCAAAAAUACAGCACCUGGGAACCAGAGGAGAAUAUUCUGGAUGAGCGUCUUUUCGCUGCUUUUGAAGAAAGAGAGCGUGAGAGGGAGAUGUAUGGGCCAAAAAAGAGAGGACCUAAACCAGAAACGUUUUUAAUGAAGGUGAAAGCAAAAGCAAAAGGCAAAAACUGUGAGUUCAGACGGGAAAUGUCUCGAGAUUUACAUGUGUCAUUCCCGGUAGCCGAACCGGUUGUGACACCCAGAGCACGUGAGGGACUGCGGACAGUCGUGCCUACGAUUUUUCCACCGAGCACCAUCAACAGAGGAGAAAGUGUUCGUGUGCAUCCACCGGUCUCUGAGAGAGACCCACUGAUGCAUGGGAUGCUGGUACAACGCCCGCUGGAUUUUGCCAGCUCACCAAAAAAGCGAGGACCAAAGCCAAAGUUGCGUCCAGGAGGUUCAUCCACUGAAGGUGUUAAAAGAAAGGCAGAUGAACCAUUAUCUUAUCGACCUUCCAAAACUGAGAGAUCAGGAGAGACCUCGAACUGUGAUGUCGUCCGUUUAACCCAGAAGUUUCAAGCAGAAUCCAGCCACGUUAAAAAGCAAAUGGGAAGCAGGUCAAGUGAUGUAAAAUUCACACAUGGUGGCAACAUCUUAAAAGCUGGGCUUGGUGUUUUGGGACAUCGACGGAAGGACAGCCCAAGUGGUGCCAUAAAGCAAUCCAAAAUGAAACAUCCUCCCAAAAGCAAUCUAUUUCGAUCCACCGAUCAAACCAGAGAGCAGUUGUCUCUGAGUUUUGUAGACGAAACCGAUCAGUCCUGGUUGCCUUGUUUGAAGAAUAUGGAGAAAAUUGUUGUUACUGAUGUAACAAGUAACUCUUUGACUGUAACCAUAAAAGAGAGUUCAACGGACAAAGGUUUCUUCAAAGAAAACAGAUGAUGUGAUUUUAGUUUCUGUAUGUAUGCGUGUAUGAAAUGUUGUAAUCAAAUGAGAAAUUUCUAUAUCAUUUCUAGUCUAUAAAUGUAAAGUCUUGCAAUCAUGUUCAUAAUGCAAAAAAAAAAUUAUAUAGUUUAUGUUUAGCCUACAUUUCCAUUCGCAUUUUCUAUGAAAAUGAAGUUUAUUUUUCUAUUUCCCAGAUUUUAUGUAACGUAUACCAGUUGGUUCCUCCUUUUUGGUGGCCUUCUUCAGCUUUAUUAUGAAUGUAGGUAUAGGUGCUGUUAACACAUA